ACUUUCUCGUCAACGAGCAGCAAAUUAAGUACAGCAGAAGAAGACCGCUCAACGUUGGAUUUGUUUGUGUACUGUUUUGCCCGUAGGUUGCUAACACCAGGGCAUAGUCGUCUCAAUUUGAAGAAUGGCAACACCAGUUCCCGUGCUUCGUCUACCGAGAGGCCCUGACCCUCACAGCCGCGGUUUCGACCCCAAUUCCCCUCGCUACAUCGCCCUGUGUCGCACGUCCAUCGCUUCUUCAUCGUGCGCAUGCGCAGACCCGGAAGAGCUGAAACGGGAGCAGCGCGCGCGUGCGGAGUUGCGGGAGCGAUUCCUUCGGUGUCUGCUGGCCACGCGCGACAAGAAAGUGAGCUUAAACAUGCACGGGGACGUGACCGUGGACGCCACGUUCGGAUGCUGCGACAUCGACGUGCUCAACCUGCAGGUGUCCGACCUGCAUACUCCGAUCGGUGUGCAGAAGGAGGCGCUCAUCAGAUGCCAGGACGUCGUUUCAUAUUCUUUUGAUUUAUGAAGACAUUUUUAGGAUGCACAGCAACUUCAGCAAACUAAAAGCACAAUCUGCUUUCUGAACACAAGGUGGCGGCAUAGACUCGGGUUUUUCUUGGUGAGGUCAGCACGGGGCGGAAAGCGUUGUUCCAUUUUGUAUAAAUUGAAUUUUAUGGGGUUUUUUUUAUAAGCUUUUGUAUUGUACAUGUGUCUAAAAAUGAUCAAGAUGAUGUCAGUAUUUCACCACCUAUAUUGUGCCAAUUACAUUUGAAAAACCGUAAUUCCCUAUUUCAAACCUUAGAUUUUUUUAUUAUUUUUUGUAGAAACAUUUAGUACACAUCCCAACCAUGUUUGAUAUGUAAAGUGUUGUAACGAAAAUUAAAAAACAAUACAAGUGACUAAA